AUGCUCCCUUUAGGAUCAAUUCAACCAAUCUCUGUGAAUUUAGAAAGCUCAGAUAUAAACAAAGAGGAAUUAUGCAUGUCACAUGAGAAGAUAGUUGAAAGAAACCAAGAAGUUCAUCAUAGCGU